CACCGGACCCAUCGCUGGGUAAGAAGCCAACGGUAGUCAUCCUUCGUUGUUACCUACUUUGCUUGCCCCGCUCGCGUUCGCGCAGCAUCGCAUCAUGCCUUGGUCCCUCUCCCCGUCCUCGUGACCUCCGUCUCCGACUCCCCUCCCAUUCCCAACUUCCAAAACCCUAGCCCCAGCUUCCAUCGAAACUGGGCCUCGACCCCAUGCCCACCCCUUCUGCCAAUUUCCGCGAUACAUAGAACCGGAAUCCACCCCCAGCGCCUCGGAAUUCCGAGGAGAACCGAUGUCAGUCGCCACUGCUGCUGCCUCUGCUCAAAAUAUAUCAACAAUUCCACGUCCUGAUCGGUUUUACCCGCCGCCCACUCGGAGUUAUCUUGUAAAAAUCCGUCCUUUCUCCAAUUCUUCCCCUUCUCCAGGUCUUUUCUCGCAGGCGAGGCGGUUCGUGUUCGUCCAGAUGAGAGCCGUCCCCUGCCGGAAGGUGUCUCGGUGGAAAAUUGGUUCCUUGUUAUCAGGUGAGAGUGUUGAUGAGAGUCCACGGAGAGAUGUGCCGGAUCAGCUGAGCUUGGAUGAGCUCCUUCCAGUUGCUGAAGUGCUCUGCAUUGUUCCGCCUGCCAUCUAUUCGAUCGGUUGUCUUGUUGCUUCGGCGCUCCCAGGAGCGGCCAAGCCAUUCCAGGUCUUAUCGGGGAACAGGUUUUUUGUGUGCCAGUAUUUUCUCUUAGUCGGUGCUGUGGUGAUUGGAAAUGUGGUUCGUUGGAGGCAGUGGCGGCGGAUGUAUAGGGUGAAUGAGAAUGGGGUGAAUGUUGAUUUAGUACGAAGGGUUGAGAAGGUGGAGCAGGACCUGCAGAGCUCAGUGAAGAUAGUUCGAGUGCUGUCGAGGCAGCUUGAGAAGCUCGGGAUUAGGUUCAGAGUCAUGAGGAAGGCCUUGAAGGAACCGAUUAAUGAAAAUGCCACUUUGGCACAGAAGAACUCUGAGGCUACUCGAGCACUAGCAGUGCAAGAAGCUGUUCUUGAAAGGGAGCUUGGUGAAAUCCAGAAGGUCUUGUUGGCAAUGCAGGAACAACAACAAAAGCAACUUGAGUUAAUCCUUGCAAUUGGGAAAGCUGGGAGAGCAUUAGAUAGCAAGCGGGACUCUUUGUCAGAGCAAGGUAGCAUUGGAACAAGUAGUUCAGCUCUAGAGAAGGAAGAAGCAAAAGAGCUGGAAAUACAGUCAGGAAGACAUGCUGGAGGAGACAAUGUCGAAGCCUAGUUAAACUCACCUGCACUUUUCCUUCUCUAAAGACCUCGACAAGCCAUUUUUGUUUGAUGUAACAUUGAAAGCAGUGUAAUGAUGGAGGUGUUAUAAAGAAAUAAGGCUGUAAACACUGUUCCAGUUUGAUCUAAAUUGAAAGAAUAUUUUGGAAAAGAAAAUGCCACUGAGCAUUGGAUGCUCUAAAGCUGGAAUAAGCAUCUUGAACAAUGUACAACAUUCACUCUAGAUUAAUUUGUGCCACUUCUGAGCUCGAAUGAGCAUCCAUGGAAGAAGACAUCUGAAUUACUGA